CAAGUACGACGGGUUGCCUGAAAAUGUACAAGAGAUUGGCUCUGCCGACCCGCCAUCUGUACACUAACAGUUAUACUCAUGUGUACGUCCUUCAUGGUGUUUUCGUGUAUAAUGUUGUUUCAGUUAUAAAACUGUACCGUUGUCUGUUCGCUUUUGUUUCCGUUUGUGAAAAAUUGGUUCUUGAACAUGGUGCGAACGUACAAGAAGAAAACUGCAAGAGGUAUUAUUCCAAUUGAACAAUAUGAAAGUGCCAUGCAGGCCAUAUUACACGAAAAAAUAUCAAUUAGAGAUGCUGCUACUCGCUACGGGGUUAAUUUUAUGACGUUACACCGCUAUAUGAAAAAAAAGUUAGCCCUAAACCUUGAAAACAGAAGCAAGUGCUUAGUUGGAUACGCUACGCACAGAAAAAUAUUUAACGAUGCCGAAGAACAGGAACUUGCGAAAUACACAGAGUAUUCCGCUAAAAUUUAUUACGGUCUUACAACUUCUGAUUUGCGCAAACUUGCAUUUCAUUUUGCGAUAGCAAACAACAUAUCUGUUCCAGAAAAUUGGAAGGUGAAAGAAAUAGCUUCCAAGGAUUGGUUAUAUGGAUUUCUGAAGAGGCAUCAAACUUUAUCUGUCAGAACAUCCGAAGCUACUAGUAUGGGCAGAGCCACUGCGUUUAAUCGCCAUAAUGUGUCGCAGUUUUUCAAUAAUCUUGGCAAGG